AUGGCGACAAUGAAUAACGAUGUCACUGCAAUCUGGCACAACAACACCACACAACCAAUGGACACCACCGAGCCAGCACCAAUAAACCAGAAUCCCGGUGAAAUGGGAGUGAUACGGUUGUCUGAGGGACUACUAUUACCAUCUGGAAGUGGUCUGGAAGAUCUGAGCAGACAUCCGUUGUUGAUGGCACAAGGAGUACAUGGUGAACACCAUCCACCACGGCCGCUUCAACACUUCCCACUCCUUCCUCCUGCAUUACAACAACAUCUACAUAAUCCAUUAUUACAACAAGCACUAUUACCACAAAUUCCACAAUUACCUCAAUUACCGCAGUUACCGCAGUUACCACAACAACCACUACCACAACUCGAUCCGGCUCUAUUCGGCCAACCGUCCAGAUUCAAUUGGCCACCAAUUGAUCCGAACACGAUUGCUGCAUUGGCACAGGCUCAACUCGCCUCGUCUCAUGCGCAAUUUGUUUCUUUGGCUCUUACACUAGAUCCGACUCUAUUGUCGCACUUUUUGGCUACACAACAGAUACCACCACCCGCUCCGCAGCCAUUAGUGCACAAAAAAGCGGAGAUGGAACUACGUGUUGGCAAUCGUUUCCGUCUAGGACGCAAGAUCGGAAGUGGUUCGUUCGGUGAUAUUUAUUUGGGUCAAAAUAUCCAAACCAACGAAGAAGUGGCGGUGAAGUUGGAAUGUGUGAAGUCCAAGCAUCCGCAACUCCACAUCGAGUCGCGUCUCUACCGAAUCAUGCUCGGCGGCAUCGGAAUCCCUGAAAUACGCUGGUGUGGUUUAGAAGGCGACUACAAUGUGAUGGUGAUGGAAUUGCUUGGUCCAUCGCUUGAGGAUCUCUUCAACUUUUGCCAAAGAAAGUUCUCGUUGAAGACGGUUCUCUUGCUCGCCGACCAAAUGUUGUCCCGUGUUGAAUUCAUUCAUUUGCGAGACUACAUUCAUCGUGAUAUCAAACCGGACAACUUUUUGAUGGGUCUCGGGAAACGAGGAAAUCUGGUCUAUAUAAUUGAUUUCGGGUUAGCCAAACGUUAUCGUGAUAGCAAAUCUCAACAUAUUGGGUAUCGGGAAAACAAGAACUUGACUGGAACUGCCAGAUAUGCUAGUAUCAAUACGCAUCGUGGAAUAGAACAAUCACGAAGAGACGAUAUCGAGUCUCUUGGAUACGUGUUUAUGUACUUCAAUCGUGGAACCCUACCGUGGCAAGGACUGAAAGCCGUGACGAAACGUCAAAAGUAUGAGCUGAUAUCGGAGAAGAAAUGUUCGACAAGAGUGGAAGAGCUGUGUGCCAACUACCCUGAAGCGUUCGCCCAAUACCUCAACUACUGUAGAGGGCUUGGAUUCGAGGAGCAACCGGAUUAUGGAUUCUUGAGAAGCUUGUUCCGUUCCUUAUUCCACCGACAAGGAUUUUGUUAUGACUAUGUUUUCGACUGGAAUACUUACAAGUUCUACAAUGAAAGUAUGGAGGCACGGAGCAGUUUCCAUCCGUCAGGAUCUAAUCAACCCCGUCGUCACUAA